AUGAAUGACGCUGGGAUGUGGGAAAGCUCUGAAAGAACCGAUGGCGAUGUGAUGAAUUUGCUGCGUACUUGCAGAGACAUCGAGUGCAUCGACCACGUGUACAUGCAGAACACCUUCUCCUUCUCCGAUUUCUUCACCUUCAGUGUCUUCCACAACGUCACGCUUCCGAAUCGCUUCGAUCGUAUCCAGCAUUUGCACAUCGCACAGACAUACAAAUGGGAUUUUGAUCAUGCAUUCCAGCUCGGGCGACAGUGCACGACAUGCCCAGUGGAGCACAUGUUUGAGUAUAGCUGGGCACCUCGCGACGAGUAUACAUGGCAGACGACUUGGGAUAUCAUAGCCCGCAUGCCGAGCUUAAAAACUCUAGAUGUUCUUUUGCACUGGGAGGACUCUCACUUACACCAUAGUAUGCAGGGAACCCUUUCGGAGCAAGAUGAAUUGAAUCUCUUGGAACAGAGAUUCUUCGCCCCGAUGGCCAAUGUGCGCACCGCGGGUUUACUGUUUGAGGUUCGAGUCAAUUGGCCAGGAGAGUUCUACUCUGCGCCUUCACCUUUUAAAGUGGUCAGAAACACUACAGGCUUCGAUAUCCCGGAUGAAGGAUCGAGGUUCGUCAGGGCGAGCUAG